CGGACGGGUAACGUCAGGCGUCAGGUCUGGCAUUCAGUCUUCCGAGUAAACCAGACUCUUUCUCUCUCCUCCCCCUCUCUCUCUCGCUCUCUCUCUCCCUCGUAACUUUUGAGCCGGUACACCUCCCCGGUCUCCAAAACCCUAGAUUCGCCGGGGCGCUGAAUCGCCGACGAACAAAGGAGAAGAUAAGGGUAUUGAUUUCUUAGAUGUUCUGGGAGAUCGAUGAAUCCCUGAUCUGAAGCUCUGAGCAAUGGCAACCAAGGAGAAUGAGCUGGAGGAUCAGCUCCGGGAGGUUGGAAGCAGGCUUUUGUCUCCUCCAUCUGCUGUUGAUGAACUUCUUUCGAUUCUGGAUAAAACUGAGAGCUUGUUAGCAAAAGUGGAGCAAUCCCCAGCACAAUCAAUGUCAAAUGUACUUAACCCCUUGAUUAGAUCAUUUGUGGCUAAGGAGCUGUUGAGACAUUCAGAUGUAGAUGUUAAAGUGGCUGUUGCAGCAUGCUUUAGUGAAAUCACAAGAAUAACAGCACCUGAAGCUCCAUAUGAUGAUGAUCUAAUGAAGGAAAUAUUUCAGUUGAUUGUCCAAGCAUUUGAAAAUUUGGAUGAUUUGUCAAGUCGCUCAUUUCCCAAGAGAGUUUCAAUGCUGGAAACUGUUGCAAAAGUUAGGUCAUGUGUUCUGAUGUUGGAUCUUGAAUGUGAUGCUUUGAUUCUAGAAAUGUUUUCCCAUUUUCUAAAGACGAUAAGGCCAAACCACUCUGAGGUGGUCUUAUCUUCGAUGGAGAUGAUUAUGACUGUGGUUAUAGAGGAAAGUGAAGAUAUUUCCUCGGAGUUAAUAUCAUGUCUGCUGAAUACUGUUAAAAAUUAUGAUAAAGAUAUUUUGCCUGCUGUACGCAAACUAGGGGAAAAAGUUAUCAGGAAUUGUGCUGGGAAAUUAAAACCAUAUUUUUUGGAAUUAUCACAAUCUGUUGGCUCAUUUUCUAAUGAUUAUGGUAAACUUGUAGACUCCAUAUGCCAAGAAAGUUAUGGUGGAAUAAAGCAAAAUGACAGAAAUACAUCAGGUGAAAUUACGGAAUCUGCAAAGGUGGAAGUAACAGUACUUUGUCCUGAAGAAGGUACUGCUCCAGAGAAAUCGCUUAACUCAGUAAAGAGUAAUAAUAUUAGUGAAUCAACACUCAGAUCCUCUUAUCCAGAGCACAAGCCUGAAUCUUCUAUUCUGGCUGAUCAAUCCAAAACAGCUGCUGCAGCUGACAAAGAUGUUUCAGGCAAGAUGGGACCAAAAGAUGUAAAGCAAGAUGCUGUUUUGGAUCUUGAAUCCCGCAAAACUAAUGCUGAUGUUGCUGCUGAUACAGAUUCAUCCGCAGCCCAAAUGAAAAUUCCUAAUGCAACCCAACGAAAACGAGGCCGAUUUGGUUCAAAUUUAUCUGCAUCAAAACAAUCUGUGUCUGCUUUGCAAGAGAGAGUAUCUAAGGUGGUUGACAAAAGUUUCUUUCUGAAAGAUACUGAGUUGAAAGAAUUAGAUAAUGAGGAUCAUGCUAAUAUCAAACAAGCAACUGUCGCAAAAGAUCUGGUGGAGAAAUCUCAAAGAAGAAGAGGAAGAAAGGGUUCAACAAGCAAGACUAAUGAUGAAGUUACAUUACAAAAACUACGGAAAUCCAAAAUUAAGCAGCAUGACAAUCUCAAGGCUCAAGAUGAUACAACCACGGAACCAGUUGUAAAGAUUUUUGGAAUACGAACUCGCAAGAAAGAAUUGGGCGAGGACCUUGUUGGUUCCAAAAUUAGUGUAUGGUGGCCAAUGGAUAAGAAGUUUUAUGAUGGUGUUGUUGAUUCUUAUGACAAUGUUUCUAGAAAGCACAAGGUUACCUAUAUUGAUGGUGAGGUAGAAAUACUAUUUUUGAGUAAAGAACGUUGGAAAUUGAUUAAGGAUGGCAGCGAACAUUAUACGGAACAAAUAGAAGAUUCCAAAAAUCUUGAUGCUUCUUCAGAAGAACCAAGAAGGAAACGCACGAAAUUAACAUCAACCUCCAUCUCAAAGGAACCCGAUAGAGAUCCAAUUGCAAAAAGUAACACAGCAUCUGGAUCUGGUCAUCGCCGCAAAGGUAGACCAUCUAAAGCUGCCUCUUCAAACCUUCAUGAUACCACCAGCUCUUCGAUUAAAAUAACAGAGAGUGCUGCAAGUAAAUCAAAAGAUGGCAGCACUGAGCCUGGCAAUAAGCUUAAGAAAGAACUUACGAGGCCCAAGGAUGGCAGUUUGAAGGUUGAUCAAUCUUCCGAUAUAGCUGGAACUGAGGUGAAGGAUAACGUUUACAAAUCUGGCAGGAAAUCUAUUGAUGGCUCUCGUAAGUCUGUUGGUAGGAAGGUCAGAAGGGAUUCCCUGAAAGGCAAACUAAACAGUGACACUUCAAACUCUGUGUUGAAAAUAAAGGAUGACAUCACUCUGGAAUCAGGCACUGAAACAAUGGCGAAUAUUGCUUCUGGAAAGGGGAGAGUCAAGCUUAGAGGAUCAGAGGAACCAGGAAAGGUGCAGUUGAACACAACGCAUGAGACCUCAGUGAGUGAUGCUCCCAGUAGGAAGAAAAGGAAGAGAAAAAGACGGACCUGAGUGUCUAUCAACAACUCAUUCUAAUACCUGAAUUUCAUUAGGCCCAGUAUCACUGUAUUUUAUCAUUGGGUAUUACCCAAUGAGGGUGCUGAUAUCCCAACUGGAGAAUUGAGAGUACCAAGCUUGCAAUCUGUGACUCUAUUGUAGUUUCCCACUAUAUGGAUGGAAAAACAAGCCAAUUUCUGAAAAUUUUAAGGUAGCUAAGUUCUAAUUAGUCUAUUUGUAUAGUUAAAAUUACCUACAACUUCUGACCUGGCCACUGUAAAGAUUAAAUGCCUCAACCAUGGCGUUGUAGACUUGUAGUUGCCCGUGUUGGUCAUUUUGUGUAGUCACUUGUGUUUCUACACGGCGCUAGCAUGUUAGUUUUUCAGGUGUAACAUCAAUGGUACAAAGUAUUAUAGGAGUAAUUUUCUUGUU